AUGGCGGCCCACUUGGUGCGACGCUGCUGCUGGCGGCACCUCGGUGCCUUCGUGUCCCCUCCCUCGCUGCUGGCGCCGGCCGGGAAGGUGACGGUGGCGAGAGCUCUGCCUCAAGCUCCUCUCGCUUCGUUUCACGCUUCGAGCCCUUCCAGCUGGGCGGAUGGUUUCUCCGUCAAAGAGCAGGUGGAGGAUAGAAACCCAGAGCACAAAGUGUUGGGGGAACUGAUCGAGACGGCCGCGAGCCCUCAGGAACUCUUCCAGCUGAGCGAACUCCACACUCUUAACAGCAACCAGGCCUCGCUAAUAAUUACUCAGCUUUCUCGGCUCGCGGCAGAAAAAAAACUGGAAACGGAGAGCAUCCUGCAGGAUGAACGUUUCAAGCAGCUCCUGAGCAUCACGGAUUCCCAGAUCGCUCAGGUGUGGAACAACACCGUGGUGAACCUCCUGAAGAGCCUCUACUCCCUUGGCGUGGACGGCAGCUGUCGGGAGAUGCAGUCAGUGGAGCAGGAGGUGCUGUGGAGGCUCCGGCGCCUCACCUUCCGGCAGCUCGCCUCCCUGGCCGAAUUCUUGGCCGUCAAGCAGGGAAAAGAGAGCAAACUGCUCAACGAGGUCAUCAAGAAGCUGGAGCUGCGUUGGACGGAGCUCGAGGGCACCCGAACCGUGGUGACGUUGAUGGGGAAGGUCGGGCACAUCUCCCCGGCAUUGAUGGACCGGCUGGAGGACAAGGCUCUGGAGCUCGCCGAACAGUUCGAACCCGAAGACAUCCGGAAAAUAACGCUUGCUUUAGCCUACCAGAACCGGCGCUGCAUCCCUCUGCUCCGAGCCUUGUCCUACCACCUGAUCCAGAAGCACUCGGAGCUCGGCCUCAACGUCCUGAUGGACCUGAUUUUCGCCUAUGGAAAACUGAAUUUCCACCAGCCCCAGGUCUUCCAGAAGAUAGCCACCGACCUGCAGCCCCACGUUCCCUCCAUGACGCCCCUCGAGGUCACGCGCUGCAUCAGGUCCUUUGCCCUCCUCAAGUGGCUCAGCCUCCCGCUGUUCGAGGCCAUCGCGCAGUACGCCCUGGAUAACACCAAGCAGCUCUCGGUCACCCACCUGUGCAGCAUCAUCCUGUCUUUUGCUCGCCUGAACUUCCAGCCCAGCGGAAACGAGGACUUCUUCAACAUGGUCCACGAGGAGCUCCAGGGCCGGCUGGGGGACCUGGAGCCUCACCUGCUCACUGACCUGGUGUGGUCACUGUGCGUGCUGCAGCAAGCCAAGGCGCCCUACCUGCAGCGAGUGCUGGCACCCGACUUCCACGCUCGCAUCCGAGGCGAUCGCUCUCUCAAGGCGCAGAAUUUACGGCUGAAGCUCGCUCACAUCAAUGCCACCGCCAAGCUGGAAAGCCCCGACUACCAGGGGCCGUUCUUGCCGGCGGAGAUGCUGAGUGCGGCGGAGCCAGCGGCGCCAGAGAAGGUCACCUUCCUGCAGAGCAGCCUGAGGGAGGCCUUGGCGGGGGGGCUGGGGG